GGGCGUAGUUUUGUACUUAUUGUCGGUGUCGUCUCCACAGAAAGUAGAAGUUGUUUGCUGAGCGUACUAUAUGAGCUGCAUCUUGUCGAGACAGACACAGAACGAUACCUCAAGAAGAGCGCAGAAGGCAACAUGAUAAAGCAGAGUGCAGAGCCAGAGAAACAUAACGAAAACCUGAACACGGGAGAGGGUGCCCUCCUGGAGGAGGUCCCCGAGCGUUUGCGUUUAACUACCUACCACUACCAGAACCAGAUUUUGUAGUUCAUGAUGUGCGACGGAGCGAGGUAAGGUUCAUUUUCGUCCCGCCUCCCCGUCUGUUUCUGUUCUCGCGCCACCGCGUGUUAUUCUACAAGAACUACUCUACGCUCAACUACAGCCACUAUCUCUCCGGCGGAUGCGCUCGCACUGACGUUCCUGGUAAGGUAGAGACACAACUUGACGCAGUCGCUUCUGGACUUACGGUUACGAUUUCGAUUCAUUGCGGGCUCAAACGCAAGGGAAGCGGAAGCUGGAAAUCUGCGGCUGCAAGAACAGUACAACCUGGCUCGCAGCUACAAAAGUAAGAAGAAAUCUUUUUACGUGCUACCACGCCCAACAUGAACGAGAACGAACCCGGACAACAAGGACUGCCUCCACCGCAGCCCGCAAUCGAUGAAUCUGCCCCGACGCCGUCUCUUGCUUCCGCCGGGACGACCGCCGCCCUCCCCGCCUGGUCGGGUCCGAUUCCCGUCACCGUGGCGACCAUCGUCUUCUUUGCCUACGUGCGCUUCGUUCUGGGCGGCGCCCUAUCAAAUGUAAAAAUGUCUGGGUCUGGAAGACUGCAACUUGUCAUGCUGUCUUUGAAUUUCAAAAAAAUCUGUAUUGCGUGACCAGCAACAGGAGUCCAGUUUGUGUUACGCGCAGAGGGAAUUUCUCAUGCGGAAUAGGCACUAGGGAGCCCUCUAAAAACCUGUGAUGCUAGAUCAUGCAUUACAUGCAUCAUGGAUCAUACAAAAUAUGCAUCACAAAUCCCGAAAUCUUCCAGACCCAGACAUUUUUACAUUUGAUACGCCCCCUACCUCUGCAGCCGCGCGUGGUACGCCUUCUGCUUGCUCGUUUAUGACAGCCUCAGAAUGGAAAUCCUCAAAGUGGAAAUGAUUUGUAAUGCAAAAAAACGAUUCCAGCUAGAGCGCCAUUUCUAAUCGGCGCAUGACAAAUUUCCUGGGCACUCGAAACCUGUCUGUCAUGCUAGUUAGGGCAAGGGUGUCUGUGCCCUUCUCUCGUGCUAAUUAGCAGCCCAAUUCUGAACCCGUAGGAGCACAAUAGUCGGCCUCCAUUGCGUCCUCUGCAAUACAGUCUUUUUGGUGUCGCAUUUCAUGCAUCACAAAUUAUUUCCACUUUGAGAAUUUCCAUUCUGAGGCUUUCAUAUCGUUCCCUUUCCCUUCCUCUUCCUCGGCAUCGGCCUUGGAGGGAUUUGCGUGCCGCUCGAUUCUAUCGGCAGGGAAAAUUAUCCUGAUCUGGUCCUCGGUCAUCUGGGUCUACUAGAAAAAUUAAAAUGCAAUUUUGAUGUGGGUCUAAAUCUAAUAUGCGCUACGAUAGGUUUUCUCGGAAAAAAAAUUGUGUUUGCAUGACUCGCAAAUGCAAAAAGAGCGUCGAUAUGUUUUCACGCAGAAUAUAUUUUUUAUGAAUUGCAAAGCCCUGAGGCUGAGCCUGACUCCGCGAAAGCGAAACAAGUUUGUGAUCUUAGGCUAAAGCUAUGCCUAUGACGCAUAAUUUUUCGUCCAGGCGGCCGCCCCGACCAGGAUCAUGACCUCUUUGCCUCCGAUAAACUUCGAUAUCCCGACCGCUGUGCACCUAGGUUUGGUGCUACUGUACUGUCAAAUAGAUCUGCUCGUGUCGCGGUUCCUGGUGCUGCGGGAUUUUGCGAGCAGACCUAGUGGCGCGACCGCGGAUGGACAAGAAUCCACGAAUGCGGAACUCCUCCGGCCUUCCAGGGAGCACGUUUCUGCACAGUUCGGGUCGAUAAACGUGGUGAAAAUAAUGCUAGAAAACCUGCACCCAUUGAGGUCCCGGACACCAUUAUCGUACGAAAAAAAUGGUUCACUGUAAGGAUUUUGCACGUUUUGCAUUACAAGUUCGUUACACAUUCCUAAGGGAAAACACGUUGAAAAACCCAAUGCCUUGCAUGUGGCGCAAGACAAAUCGUUGUGUGCUCCAUUCUAUGCAUUACAAGUUCACAGUGAAACAGUUUUUUCGUGCGAUAACCAUUGGACCUUGGAUCGCCGGCAUUGCUCAGGGGAUGCUUCUAGGCACGGAAAAAAAAAGAAGUAUCGGACACGUUGUUCGUUGUAUCAUGGGUAGACUAGAAAUUUUUGCAUGAUGUGCAUCUUACUUUUCAAGAAGAAAAACGAAAUACAAAUAUAAAAGAACUUGCUAACCUUCUUGUUGUUGUUGCAGAGCAGAUUCGAUUUUACAAAAACUGCGACCGCAUGCACGAUGACACGAGCAUGCAGUCUAUGAGUUGUGGAUGAUCAUCAUACCAGUGGCGCGAUACUUUUCCGAAAGAUAAACUCGAAUUCAAUGGAGCGCUGCUGCAUGAGGUACAUUAUCGGCCACUUGUAUUCACUGACACAGGAUGAACCCCAGAAAAGAAUUUUAGAUUAUAAGAAAAAGAACGAAUUUUUUAGCUUUAGCUUUACCAUUAUCAAGAGCUGCUCAUGUAGGCACGUUGACGUUCUCUUACUCUACCUCCUUCGUCCUUCCCACCUACGAACAGGUCUUCUGGAACGUGUUUAUUUGCCAAAACUUUCUGAAUAUCCUGUGCAAAAGCAUCGUACUUGUACUAAUCGCAGUCAAAUUUCAUUAUUGAAGGUAAAUCAGCAUGACAAAUUCCGUUUGUCAUGCUGAGCAAAUUCCGUUUGUCAUGCUGAGCUAACUUGUGUUGCAAUACUACGAGUACGAUACUUUUGCAGUUCAUACUGAACCACAAGUAUCCCCCCUACCUAGCGAUCGCCCUGGUCCCGGUGCUCAGCUGCGUGGUCCACGGAAUUGUGUGCAAUUGGGUGUCUGGCUACCGCUGUUUCCCCCAAUUCCUUUGGGUAGGGGCGGGAAAAAAAAGUAGUAUGAUUAUCCGUCUCAGUAUCUGUGAGUGCGUAUAUAUAUGUCGCAGGAGAACCUCGUCGGUUCUAUCGGUAGAAUAAUCAGCAUGGCAGUUCUUUUUCUAUUUCUAUUCGUGAUUUAUAUUCGGACAGAUGACGUCGACACGACGAAAGAAGCUGGCACUCAUCUCCUGGUGUCUGGCGCUCUAUUAAGUACUACUACAACACCUCCGACAUGCACUGCAGUGCGUAGACAAAGACUGCAAUAACGCAAGACAGCAGAUGAAACAAGAUAAGAUGAAUUAGAAACUGUAAAAACUGAUACGGACUAGAAGUACUACUUUUUGUCAUUUUCAUACUCAGUGGUGCUGGCGUACCACGCGUCCGGCGGUUCGGUGCUGAUCCCGGGCCUGAUCCACGCCUGCUGGUAUUUUAUGGACGGCAGAUUGUAUCGAAGAAAAAAAGUUCGUCACGAUCACUCAUGCGCAUUCUUGCAAUACAAAAUUGGCUGUCAUGCGUAAAAAUGCAUCACAGCCAAACUUCAUAAGGGAUUUGCCCAGUGUUUGUGUUUCUGCAAUACAAGAAAAACCUGCGAUGCUGGAAGAAUUUCUCAUGCAAAACAUGCACGUUAGUGACUGUGACGAACUUUUUUCUUUCCAUAGAUUGCUCUGCGUCAUCAACAUUUUCAAGGCCGAGUGGGAUUUGGAGAACCGGAUAUGAAAGCCUCAGGUUGGAAAUCCUCAAAGUGAAAAUAAUUCGUAAUGCAAAAAAGCGACUCCAGUUGGAGCACCAUUUCUAGUCGGCGCAUGACAAAUUUGCCGGGCACUCAAAACGUGUCUGUCAUGCUAGUUACUCAAAGGGGUACCCUUCUCUCUUGCUAAUCAGCAGCCCGAUUCUGAACCCGUAGAAGCACAAUAGUCGGCCUCCAUUGCGUUCGCUGCAAUACAGUCCUUUUGGUGUCGCAUUUCAUGCAUCACAAAUCAUUUCCACGUUGAGGAUUUCCAUUCUGAGGGUGUCAUAGCGGAAGGAGGAAACUUUCACACCCCACGCGGACAAAUACUGUACGGAACUGCAACUGAUGUCAGCUGCUGGGACGAGAUCACAUACAAAUUUCUUGCAGAAUCACGCCGCUGGGUCGAAUAAAAAAAAGCAUUGCAAAAGCGCAUAGCCAUACUAGAUUAUACCAGCAAAAGAUAUUCUUAUUCAUAUUUCUGGCCUCACCAGUUCAGUUUUCGACGCUCCAUGAUGAGCAAAUCUCUCCUGAGUAUGGUGCACAGCAUGAACAUGCACCAGUCUUGAUACUUUUUCACGAAAAUAAGAACCGGCCCUAGUUGCAUGCUUCCCGCGGUGCCCGUGCAAGCGGACGAAAUAAAUUUUUGUGCAUCAGAUGAACGUAUGCUCGUUUUUGUACACCGAGCAGCACGGAACGCGAAGGCGAAUUAUGUCCGUAUGCUCGUUUUUUAUGAGCAUCUACAUGAUUUUUUGCCGUGAAAUAGAAUUUUUCUUCCCACGACCUGACGCUCUCAAUUUCAUAUAGUGGUGGCUGAGCAUAGUGCUGAUUUCCGGGUUCUACGCGAUGGUGUCCUUCGUAGCUAUCCCUUUCGGGGAAAAAUGUAUACUUUUUUCAUUUUGACGUCAAUCAUACAUUACCAGCAUUAGACAGAUACUUUUACAACGCACGCUUCCAAAUCUAAUUCAAUCAUGCCUGUACCUUUAUUGGUUUUGGGGACGCCGCGGAGCACAACUGCUGUGACUUCCACAUUAUGAUGAUUCGGAUUUUUUUCCGCAUAGCAAUUUAAGUGAAAAAAUCUAGCACUACUCCUACUCGUCAAAGAACUACUUCUCACGCUACAUCAUAAAUACUCAACACCCAAAAACGGUGUUUUGAACAGACUUUCGCAUGCCGCUCACCUCUCCCGAGGAGCACGCGGACCCCGAGACAGCGUGCCGCUACAACGAGCUAAACAUGUGGCCCUUCGUAUGCAUUGCAAAAGUAUCGUACUCGUAUAAAUGCAUUACAAAUUUCCUCAGCGUGAGAAAUAAGAUUUAUAAAUGCAGACCUGCCUUGUUCGGAACAAGAUUUGUAAUCAAAUGCAAGACUUGCUCUUGCAUUUGAAUUUAUACGAGUGCGAUACUUUUGCACAGGAUACUUCGGGAAAAACAGCAAACUUUAUUCCUUUGACACCUUUCUCGUUUACGCCAGCGGGGUGCAAAUUCUGUUCGGUGCGGCAACCUGGCGAAUGGUCCGCACUGGGAUGGACGUCAUUGAAAAGAGCGGGGAACUGACAAAGCAGAGCAAAGAGUACUGGGCCGCGCUGAUGGUCCAAGAGCUCGAGUUCAACCACCCAAUAUGCCUUGCAGCUCAGAUGUCACAUAUCUCAACUCUUACGAUAGGAUACGAAGGAAAGAACGUCAUGAUAGCUACGGAAAUUUGACAUGCGAAAACCGUACGUACUUCUAGUAGAAAGAUAGCCGUACGAGGCUGAGGCUGAGCCUAUCAUGCCUGCCCCCAGCUGCAUAGGGAUGUUGCCCGUGACAUCAAACUCGGGAAUUAGAAUCGAGCUAAAUUUGUUGUAUUGCGAAAAAAUGAAGCGGCGUAAAGUUCCCGAUGUUUCUCAUGUUCUACUUUCUGCAAGACCAAGGCGAAGUUCGGAAGAUAUCAUGGUAACUACAGUUGUUCCAGUUGAGAUUGUACCUGACACCUGGGCGGUGUGCCACGUGUAUACCCAAGGCUGGCAAAAUUUUUGAACCUGCAGGUGACCUCCACCGGGGCAGACGAGGCGACGCUGCUGCACGCGAUUCCGUAAGUAAGGGGAGUGUGAGAUCCCCUACUGUACGUUCUGGAGACAUGAGCAGGUCGUGGCGCGUCGCUUCUCGAAGAUGUGGUGCUGGCCCUGGCCUUCGUGUUGCCGCUGGCGUCCGAACAUGAAUCCGCAGGAGCCCGACCAUGGACGGCGAGGGCUCAUCAACCUCAUGCUGAUGCUGCUCCUCGCUCCUGCUGCUUCAUGAUCCGUGGCAAAAAUCAUCCGACUAACACAAAAUGAAUGGGGACAAAACAACCAGUAGUCGAGCGACGCGUUCGAGUUGUAACGAUGAUAAUUUUCUUUGCCACUCUACCGCUACCAGCAUGACGAAGUAAGUGGAAGUGCGCGGCAUCGGCGCUGCUUCGAUCGAGACGACUGCAGAUGCGGAGUUUUCGGAGGAUACGCGAAUGAAGUUCAGGCGCAUGGUAUUUUGCGAGAUGAAGACCACUCCGUCGGGAAGACCGUCAUGCCGCGAAAUCAAAAGAGCAUGUCGUGUGUGAACAAAGCGCCAGCUCGGCGGGAAAUAAUUACAUAUACAAUUUCUUUUCCACGGGACUCACUUCGAGAAGUCUUGUUUGAUUGCUAGCCCGGACUUUUUCGACGAUCAUUUGCUUUUUAUUGAAGAUAAAGACCACCUGGCUGUAGCUGCUCGGCGAGAUGAACAAUGGAAGAACCUGACGCUAGUAGCGUCAGGUUCUUCUACAAGUGAGAAGAACCAGAGGCUGCAGAGCCCGGGAAAGACCGAGGACAUCCGUGUCAGCAAUAUUUUGGAAUUUUUUUCUGCAGACCAGAUGAUUUGCUUUCGCAUUUUGUCGCUUGUUCAAUACGCGACAACAAAACAACAAAAACAAUCUAUACGAGACUUCUACUCCACCGACCAUGUAUCUGUAUGUGGCAGUGUCGUCCUCGUGUAUCAGAAGCAAG